AUGUGAUAAACAAGAAGGAUGAUGGCGAUGAUGAUGAUUAAUCCUUGGCCAUAUGCAUUCAGCCCAUUCAUUCAUUCAUUCAUUCUCCAACCGUCCCGGCAGAUGGCCAAUUAAUUCGUAUGCGAACUUAAGUGGUUGUUCAUUUAUGUCUUAUGCAUCCACAGCUUGCCCCACAGCCCAGCACCAGUACCAGGACCAGUACCAGUACCAUCACUCUCCUUAGAUAUAAUAUAUUUAUUUAUUUCUCUCCACACUUCGUCUUCUUCUUUCUCCUCCGAAGCUCUCUCCGUCUCCCUAUAGGAGGGGAGUUGAGGAAGGAGCAAUUCCAAUGGGUUCCAGAGAAAUCAAAUCGCCUGCUCAAGCCCCGACCUCCACGCCUCUGAGUGUAGACCCCGCCUCUGCCUCUGAUUCCUUCCGGAGAAAGAAACUCGGAGUAUAUUUCAUCGAGUCCGAUGAUCGCCGGACGGCCCUGGGCGGUGGUUAUACAGUCCCCAUCAGUGGCACCACCCCCGUCAAUAUUCACGGCAAGCCCAUUAAAGAUCUGUCCAGAACCGGCGGCUGGAUUGCCGCUUUCUUCAUUUUCGGGAAUGAGAUGGCGGAGAGAAUGGCGUACUUCGGCCUCUCCGUAAACAUGGUGGCCUUCAUGUUCUACGUCAUGCAUCGACCUUUCUCGAGUUCGGCAAACGCAGUCAACAAUUUCUUGGGAAUCUCACAGGCCUCCUCUGUGCUCGGCGGCUUUCUGGCCGACGCGUAUCUUGGUCGAUAUUGGACCAUCGCCAUUUUCACCACCAUCUAUCUAGCAGGUUUGACGGGAAUAACGUUAUGCGCCACAAUGAGCAUUUUCGUGCCCAACCAAGACCAGUGUGAUCAGAUCUCCCUGCUUCUGGGCAACUGCGAGCCGGCGAAGCAAUGGCAGAUGCUUUACCUCUACACAGUACUUUACGUGACCGGGUUUGGGGCCGCCGGAAUAAGGCCGUGCGUUUCGUCUUUCGGGGCGGACCAGUUUGACGAAAGAAGAAGAGAUUACAAAGCCCAUCUGGAUCGGUUUUUCAACUUCUUCUAUCUCUCCGUCACCAUUGGGGCAAUAGUAGCAUUCACGGCGGUGGUCUACAUUCAGAUGGAGCACGGCUGGGGAUCGGCUUUCGGGGCCUUGGCCAUAGCGAUGGGGAUCUCGAAUAUGGUCUUCUUCCUCGGUACUCCCUUGUACAGGCACAGGCUGCCCGGAGGAAGCCCUCUCACCCGCGUUGCCCAAGUCCUCGUCGCCGCCUUCCGCAAAAGAAAUGCUUCCUUUGAUAGCAGCGAACUUGUGGGCUUGUAUGAGGUUGUUGGCAAAAGAUCCGCCAUUAAAGGCAGUAGCAAGAUAGCUCACACCGACAGUUUCAGAUGUUUGGACAAGGCAGCCCUGCAACUGAAGGAAGAUGGCGUGGAUCCAAAUCCAUGGCGGCUUUGCACCGUGACGCAAGUGGAAGAAGUGAAGAUCCUCUUGAGACUCAUGCCAGUUCCGGCUUGCACCAUAGUUCUCAGCCUAAUCCUCACAGAGUUCUUGACGCUCUCAGUACAACAAGCGUACACACUGAAUACCCACAUCGGCCAUCUCAAACUCCCGGUGACAUGCAUGCCGGUCUUCCCCGGCCUCAGCAUAUUCCUGCUACUGGCCCUCUAUUACUCCGUCUUCGUGCCGUUGUGCCGCCGCAUCACCGGCCACCCCCAUGGCGCCUCGCAGCUGCAGAGGGUCGGCAUCGGCCUGGCGGUUUCAAUCCUGUCGGUGGCUUGGGCCGGGAUCUUCGAGCGGUACAGAAGAAACUACGCGAUCGAACACGGGUACGAGGUUAGUUUCCUGACCAGCAUGCCGGAACUAAGCGCAUACUGGCUGUUAAUCCAGUAUUGCCUGAUUGGGAUCGCCGAAGUGUUCUGCAUUGUGGGAUUGCUGGAAUUUCUCUACGAAGAGGCGCCGGAUGCAAUGAGGAGCAUCGGGUCGGCAUACGCCGCCGUAGCGGGGGGUUUGGGGUGCUUUGCGGCCACCAUACUGAACAGCAUCGUGAAGUCGGUGACCGGCGGGGGAGGGGAGACGCGGCCGUCGUGGCUGUCGCAGAAUAUCAACACGGGGAGGUUUGAUUACUUGUAUUGGCUGCUGACAGUGAUCAGUGUAAUCAAUUUCUGCGCGUUUUUGUAUGCCGCGCGGAGGUUUGAGUACAGAGCGAAGCAGGAGGAAGGGAGUGAAAGUGGAGGAGGGAUGACUGGCACUAGAUGAAAAACAAACUAUAACUAUAUAUGGAUUGAAGUUGGAAGCCAUUAAUUAGUGGAUAUUAUUGAUCUCUCAAUUGUGUGAAACAUGAAAGAAGAUGCUUUUUAAUUUGUCUGCGAAACUAAAUGGGGUUUUGAUCCUCUCUCUCUAUUCCAUAGAAAUUAAGUUGCUGGAAUCUUGCAAUGUGACUGGACUUUCCUGAA